AUGUCUACCUCGCAAGUAUCAACUGGCCGGGCUAUGCCCAACAGCCCCGGAGGGCCUGAUCGACUCGAACUUGAAAAGCCAACAGAAUUCCCAGAGGGUGGCACUCGAGCUUGGAUGGUGGUUUUAGGGGCAUUCUGUGUGUCGUUCUCAACAUUUGGAUACAUGAACGCUUUUGGAGUCUACCAGGAUUACUACACCGAGCACUUCCUCUCCAACGAAACUUCAUCCAGUAUUUCUUGGAUUGGGUCUGUGCAAGUCUGUUUUCUCUUCUCUGGUAGCCUUAUUGGCGGGCCAUUGUUCGAUCGAUAUGGCGCUUCGAUUAUCCAUAUACCUGCGAUUGCCAUCGUGCUGUCAGUCAUGAUGACAUCUUUAUGUAAAAAGUAUUAUCAAUUCAUGCUUGCCCAAGGGGUCCUGGGUGGGAUUGCUUCUGGCAUGUUAUUCGCCCCCGUCAUGACAUGUGUGAGCCACUACUUUCACAAUCGACGUGCUGCAGCCCUUGGUGUAACAGUCUCUGGAUCUUCCAUCGGGGGAGUGAUAUUUCCCAUUGCCUUGAGCAAGAUGCUGAGAAAUGAAUCCCUAGGGUUCGGAUGGUCCGUCCGAAUUGUAGGGUUCAUCAUCUUGUUCAUGGUAUUGAUAGCAAUGGUCACUGUCAAAGAGCGACUUCCUCCUCGUCAUGGCAAAAUUCUCUUGCCGGCAGCCUUCACUCGCGCUCCUUACACUCUCGUCACACUUGGUAUCUCCUUUAUGAUGUGGGGACUUUUCACCCCAUUUUUCUAUCUUCCGCAAUAUGCCCAGUCGUAUGGUAUGGACUCACAGCUUUCAUCUUACCUUUUGUCAAUCCUUAAUGCUACCUCCGUUUUUGGCAGAAUAUUGCCGGGUAUGAUUGCGGAUAAGAUUGGUCGUUUCAACAUCUUGAUCAUCAACAGCCUCUGCACAGGGAUUCUACUUCUGUGCUGGAUCGCGGUAACCUCAAAUGCGUCGAUUAUUGUCUUCGCGGGGCUUUAUGGUUUCUUUUCGGGCGGCAUUGUGUCGCUGAUGUCUCCUUGCAUUGCUCAAGUGACGCCGAGUCCGGAUCAGAUUGGCACUCAUCUCGGCAUGUCAAUGGCCAUUAUUGGGCUUGCUGGUCUGACCGGAACCCCAAUAUGCGGUGCCUUGCUCGAAAGAUACGGAACAUACACACAGGUUGCAGUUUUCAGCGGUGUGGUGAUGUUUUCCGGAGUUGUUCUUGUUACUGUGGCGAGGUUUUAUCUGCGGGCAAAGCUUCUGGAGAUUGUGUGA